AAAUAUACACUUGUCGCCGCAGAAAUAUGACAAGCCUCUAGCCUCGUUUUAAAUUCAUAACAACACUGCAUUAUGUAUAUGAGUUAUCACUUUAAGGGUUGAGUUUUUUCAAAUUGCUUCCUUCUGGUGUUCAAUACUUUUUAUGUCUCGAAAAUGGAAAAUCGUCAAGAAGAUACAGAAACCACAUUGGUUCCUCCUCGCCCUCGUUCCGUUGAACAAAAUAGGACGAGUCCAGAGACUGUUUUAGACACCCAUCAGUGUUCCUCUGUUCCUCCAUACCUCCCCAACACAGAGAAAGGCGAACAAAGAGAAACUACAGAAACAUGUCAACAGCCCGCAACCUCCGACAUACCACCUCUGAUCCCAGAAAAACGAAGCUCGCCUGUCAACGCAAUUCAGGACAUUCCCAUCUCUCAGACACAUCAGGAGGUACACCCGUCAGAUGGAUUUCCUCAGCGCCCCCAAAUUCCACCUUUAAUACCCACAGAAUCUCUGCUACGGAAUGAAAACCAACCCCCCUUAGCAGAUUCUACAACGCAAUCUUCAAAUCAAGAUGGGAGCCCUGCUAGUGUUAUUGAUAUCAAGGAAAGUGGGGAAAGCCAGCAAACAAGCUCCAAUCUUUUAAGUGGAGGUAUAGACAGCUUAGUGACACAGACCGUGCCCAUUCCAAUCCCAAGCACAAUCGGGAACAUAACCCCCGCAGGCUCCGAAAAUGGACCUCUAGAAGAGUACGCUAGUCGUUCUAUUAAAAGUGAGCCGGGGGUGGUAUCAGAACCAUCGUGUUCUAUUUGGGGGACGUCUCAUUAUCAGACAUCUAGCAUAGAUUCCACGGAAUUAGCCAACAUGCAGCAGUACCUCCAAUACCCGGGUUACACCAAUAGGUAUGACACCUCAAACCAGCAGAGUUUUGACAGUGCUGGGAGGUGUUCUAGUCAUGCUAACAGUGUAACGGUUGAGGAUCCGAUGUUAGCGCGGGAUGUGAGUGCUGACAUGGACGAUAUUAACAACCCUUUCUACACCGCUUACCCCAAUAUGUUCCUCAACCAACAGCAAGCUUAUUCUGCCGCGGUGCCGUACGGAGACACCUCACAAAAACCUAUCCAGACCUCACAGACAUUACCGCCAUCUUACUUUGAAAAUGUAAAGAAAGCUUGUGACGUCACCUCAAAAAAUGUCAAUGAAGCCCAUGUAACCUCAUGUAGACCCAAACUUGAACACGAUACAGAUGGAAUUCAGCCCAAAAAAGUCAUAGUUCCCGCAGACCCCCAGACGUGGACGGAGGGAGACGUGCACCAGUGGCUGGAGUGGGCCAGGAACGAGUACAAACUCCGGGACCUUGACGUGGUCCGCUACCAACAGAUAGACGGACGACACCUCUGUAACAUGAACAAGGAGCAGUUCACGCACCUGUUUGGUCCCAUUAACGCUGAGAGUCUGUACUCACAUCUGAACUUCCUCAGACACGGCCCCGGACAAGUGACCUCCCCUAGUUGUCCCACCGUGUCUUCUUUUGUUCACGGCUCGGGAGGAUCAAUCAAGCAGAACGCAGAUCCAGGAUUCACAAAAUCGGCGUGGUCCCCGCAGCCCAGCCAAACAUCACAGGACCCGUACACAUUACUUGGACCCUUGGUGGGGCGGCUGUCCAGCACAGGAAGUGGGCAGAUUCAGUUGUGGCAGUUUCUGUUAGAACUGUUGUCUGAUAGAAGAAAUUGUUCUUGUAUUGCCUGGGAAGGCAGCAAUGGCGAAUUUAAGUUAGUGGACCCAGAUGAGGUGGCGCGUCGGUGGGGAGAGCGGAAGUCCAAACCGAACAUGAACUACGACAAACUAAGCAGGGCACUUAGGUAUUACUACGACAAAAACAUCAUGACGAAAGUGCACGGAAAACGAUACGCUUACAAAUUUGACUUUGUCGGCCUUACUCAAGCGAUGCAACCCUCUACCCCAGAGACGAAUGCUUACCGAUAUCAGCACGAAAUGUUCAGCAUGUCAGGAUACGCCCCUCCCAGACUCAAUUACUUGUCUCCUCAUCCACCCAUUCCAACGACCACGGCAGGCUUCCUGUCCCCUACUGCUUCAUAUUGGUCAACGUCAACCAAUAACAUUUUCCCGAACACGUUGAAUCAUGUGAUGCCAGGACAUCCGGGAACUUUGCCUUCUCACAUGAGCACAUUUUACUCAUGAUUAUAUCAUUUUGCCUUCAUCAUUUUGUAAUUAUAGCGAUGUAAGCAAGGAUUUAUUUUAUCUAUUUUGUGGUCAAAGAUCAUGAAUGUUUGUUUUUUCCCCUUGCAUUUGUUAUAUUAGCUCAUUUUGUCACUUUAUUGUGUUCUUGGAUCACAUGAAUAUCUUGCACAAAAAAUACGUAAUUCAGUUGAUUUAAUUUUUUCCCCAGUGUUUGGCAUUUAAUCACAAAAUUGUUAUCUCCUUUUGAUACACAAAUACCUCGAGUUUUCUUAAAAAGCUUAGUGUUUGUCACCUCGUUAUGUGCUUUCAUUAUAUACAUGAAUACAUUGUAUCUUGGAAAGAAACAAUUGUACAUUUCAGUUGCCUUAAUCUUACCAGAGUUUGGCAAUAGGAAACUUAAUUGUUAUCCCCUUUUGAGGUAUGAAUAUUUAGUAUUCUUUGUAAAUAGGAGAAUAAGAAUAGUGCGCCACAAAUUUAAAUAAUUUUGUAUUUUAUAAGUAGGUAUGUUUAGAAUGACAUACCAGACAUGUAGAGUAGUUCUGCUUUACCUAGCAAAAACAAACUUUUCAGAUCGCACAUCAACUCAGACAGGCCCCCCCCCCCCCCCGUCCCUGAAUAAAAAAUGUUCCCUAACAAAUUCAAAGAUAUUUUUUACAUAGAAUGUAAUUGACUUUCAUUCUUUAUAAAAUGUUGUUUUGAAUCAGAUAUGUAUCAUUAUUGAGAGUGUUAAUGGGGUACUUGCCAGAGUUCUUAAAUUUAAUUUUUGGCUGUAUUGUUUUCAAGAUAUUAUGAGAAAUUAGUUGAUACAUUCCUAGAUAUUUCGUAUCAUUGUAAAUACUGUGUUGAUCCGUAAUUUCUCUUUUUUUUCUUUGGUCGUCACACAGCGUUAUGUUUCAAAUUACCAGGCCAGUGCUAUUGUUAAAUACAAGUUGUAGCUUCAUUUCAUGUAUAAUGUUUAAAAGCAGACAAGUCUGUUGCAAUGACAUUUAUGUUCAUCCAUUGUUUUGCUACCUCACGUAGCAGACGUACGUUGAAGCCUAUAAAGAGCAUCGAGGAUAAGCAGUUAGCUUACAAAUUAGGGAAAUCGGAAAGGAAGAUUUUAGUUGUAUGACUAUAAUCAUAAGUAAUGUGUGUACUUUUUCAGUCUCUUACACCGGAAGUGAUCUCAGAGCCUGUAUUGUUAUUAUAAUAACGGCCAUUUUGAUGAGAAUUGUUGAAAUUUUAUGUAUCAUCAUGUAACUCGUUAAAAAUAAAUGUUGGAUAUUAUUUUUGA